AUGUCGGUCUACAACCACGUCGUAGCGGAGGCCGCCCAUGUCGUCGGCAGGAACCUGAAUCCGAGGGAUACUUCGACGCCUUCCUCUUCGAUUUCGCAAAUAACAGCUGCCUUCCCGACUCCAAGCAUGGCAAACAACAAUAACAGCAGCAGCACCCCGGGGGGGCCCACCAGCUCUCCCUUGCUGUUCUUUGUCGCCCUCGGUUUCGGAGUGGUGUUUACAAACUUAUGGAUUAUUGUAGGCGUCAAGUACUGCUUUAGAUACAAUGCUCGCAUCCGCGCGAUACGAAACGGCGAGGGCGUCGAUCCCAUCAACCUGGAGAACGUGCCUGCGAGACCACAUCGGAGGAGGAGAGAGAAGAAGCUCAUGUCGAUGGACGAGGUGAACGAGCGAUUCCCUUUGACCAAGUACAAGAACUGGGUAGCUUCGCGGGCUAGUGAGGGUCUGUCAACGAACGGCGGCGUUACAGCCCCACUAAGCAGACCAGCAAGCGUGCGGGAAGUCGGUGCCAUCGCCCUACCAUCUUCGCCGACGGGAACCAAGCAUUCUGUCAAUACCCGACCGGAUAGUGUGGCUACGGAACAGGACGUGUCGCUCUCACCUGCUAUCAACAACGUGGGUAGGAAGUUUGGGAAUGAUCGCAAGAGUAUCGAUGCCACCAUCUUGGAGAAAAGCUUCCCGUCCGUAACAGUCGUCGAAGACGACAAGCUGGAGGCCGUCCCAGCGACUGCUGAGACCAUCGCUAAGCACCCAACUACGACGAGUGAGGAGGACGACGAAGAGGAUGAUCAUGUCCACUCGGCUGUUCCUCCUGAUCUCCUCGCCAAUCCUGGAGAUUCGUGUGCUAUCUGUAUCGACGCACUGGAGGACGACGACGAGAUUAGAGGACUGACUUGCGGUCAUGCUUUCCAUGCCGGGUGCCUGGACCCCUGGCUCACUGCUCGUCGUGCAUGCUGUCCGCUCUGCAAAGCCGACUACUACACUCCGAAGCCACGUCCCGAGGGAGAAGCAGAGCCUCCCGAGCGCAUCUCCAGAAGAGCUAGGACCGCGCCACAACCUCCUCCCAAUGCUUUCUUUACCGUCCAAAGAAGCCGCUUCAUGGUUCCAGGACGCCCGGGAGGACGCUCCGGAACUGCGACCGAGACGCGAAGUAGCCGCCGAUCUCCUCGAGACGUCGCUGCAGCUCAACUACGAGAUGCAACUACUGGAGGCGAGCAGAAUGCCGCUGCACCGGCAUCACGGAGAUGGGUGCCGGCGAAUCCCUUCCGCAACAUGAGAGUGCCUCUGGUGGGCUCUUCAGGACGAAAUCGACGAGCUGCCGAACAAUCUGCUGCUGCCACCACCACCACCACCACACCCUCUCAACUCGAAGCAGGUGUCGUUAGAUGA